ACAGCCUCUUUCUUCUCGUCUUCACAUACGUACAGCCACCCGCCGACCCCCGACGGCAGCACGCAGCCCAGCACCCCGGAGCGGACACCGCCACCACCACGCCAAGCUAGCCAUGGAUCUCCUGCUCCUCCCAUCUCGCGCCGCCAGCGCGCGCCCGCUACUUCCACCAACCAGCCCCAGCGCCCUUCGCCGCGCCGGCACCGCCAGGCCGGCGGCCAGCUCCAGCAACGUCGAGGUCAUCGACGCCACGGCGACGUCGACGUCCAAGCCGGGCAGUCAGUGGCGGGCGGGCGGGCUCGGGCUGGAGCUGUCGGAGGAGAUGCGGCGCGGCAUGUUGUGGCGGAUGGUGGCGCCCCCCGCGACGGCGGUCGCGGCGGACGCGGCGUUCCUGAGGCUGCUCGACCGCGCGGCGCCCGGGGACGCGCCGGCCUGGGCCGCCGCCGCGGGCUCGGCCCUGCUGUUCGCGGCGGGGCUGCUCGGGGUCCACUACGGGUUCCUGUCGUCGAGGUGGGACGCAGCGGAAAGGGGAUCCGUCCUGGGAUGGGACCUCGCCGUUCGACACUGGGAAGUCCUGUCUAUGGCUAAGGAACACUCUUCGUCGGUGGAGGAGGAGGAGGAGGAGGAGGAGGACGACGACGACGAUGAGGAAUACGAAGACGAAGAGUACGAGGAAGAGUGUGAAGAAGAUGACGAUUAAUUAAGGUUCAUUGUUGGUGGUUUCCUGCGCUGUGCUACAUCGCCAAUCUCGGAUGCGUCUUCAAUGUCAGACAUAUCGCGUGGUGCCAUUACCAGGUCGGCCGCUCGGUUACGAACUGCACUAAAACAAACCAUACCAAAAAC